AAAAAAAGUUUGUUAUUUAGAAAUCACAUCCGGUCAAAAAGCGCGAAGAUGCUGCUGUAUAAAGUUUUGAGUUCUUUACGCUGUUUGCAGCCUAAAACGACAAGUGGAGUGAGGCCUAUUUUUGCAGUACAAAAUGUGUUCCAACGUUUAUUUUCUACUGACGAUCUAAUAGUGAAACCUCCAAAGAAGCCGAUCUCUGGAUAUUUGGUCUUCAUGCAAGAGAAUUUACCCAAAUUAAGGCAAGAUCCAACCUUGCCAGAUAUGAAAUCAGUAGCAAGGAAAACGGGCGAAAUGUGGAGUCAGCUAUCACCAGAAAAAAAAUUGGAGUAUAAUGCACGACAAAGGGGGAAAUUGGAACAAUGGCUCAUAGAUCAUCGUGCCUACAUGGACAGCCUAACUGAUGAACAGAGAGAAAACAUUGAAAACAGCAAGAGGACUAAACGUCACAGAAAGAAGCUAUGUGCAAAUAGAAGGAAAUUGGUAAAGAUGGGUAUGCCAAAGAAGCCAUUGAAUUCUUUUACCUAUUUCUUCAAACAGUCUGAACUAGAACGAGGAGAUGCACCUGUAAGGAUGUUUAUGAAGGGAGCUGCUGAGGUUUGGUUAAGAACACCUGAGGAAGACAAACAGAAAUUCUAUGCCAUGGCAGCCGCAGAUAAAAAGAGAUAUGUAGAAGAAAUGGAGGUCUGGGAAGCUAGAAUGAUUGAAGAAGGCCACCCAGAAGUUGUCAGAGGCUACAGAACUCAACAAAGCAAAAAGAAAAGACAACUUGCAAAAGCAGCUGCGAGACUAAAAGCAAAAGAAAAGAAACAAGUUCCAAAAAGUACUAAAAAGAAAGGUGCCAAGUCCAAUAAAAAAUCAAGUAAAAAAGAUCAGUUAUCAGACAGUGAUAGUGACUGA